CGCCCUUUUGGCUAAGAAAGCAUUGAGGAGACGAGAAUUGACGUCGAUAUACAUAUUCUGAUGCCAGACGUUAUAUAAGUUGAUUCGGAAUUAAAGUGGCUGUAGGCGAAAAGAACUGCGUUAGUGCUCUCUCAUCAAGCAAUCGAAAUCGAGUGAGACUUACCUCCGACUGGAAAUGCGUGGGCGGGGGAGAAGAAGCCCUUCUCGAUAUGAGAAUCACCGAAGUUUCACUGUACCUGGUAGUGUUUCUAGAUUUGCUCCUUCUGUUCGUAAUGAUGGAUCCUCCUUUCAUGGAAAACCACCACAAACCAUGGAAGAAAAGGAAGGAACUAAUAAUUCAAAGCUUCCCACAGCAGUUGUUUGUUCUCCUUCUGAACAGGGUGGGCUUACUCUACCUGCUUGUAUUGGUGACAAGGACAGACUACCUCAUGUGGAGAGACCUCAGUAUGAUAGGACUAUGCUCAGUGCUGCAGUGGACUGUUAUUCUAAAGAUUUCGAAUCCUCAUCAGUGCCUAAUAUGGGUAGCAUGGGCAUACCAUCCUGUACCCAAAAAUCUCAAUAUGGUCAAACUUCAAUGGAGAGGAAUGUUGACAAUGUUUCAACACAACCUGCACACUUUCCCAGUUCUGCAAAUCUGGAGGAUGAGCCUAUUUUUUGUUUUAGUGAAGAUAGGGAUUCACUAAAUGGAAAAUCUCAACACAGGAAAAUUUCACCUAAAAAAUCUGUAGGCAACAGUUACUCAGGGCAGCCUGAAUUCUCACCGAACAUUUUGCCCUUUGAUAUCUGCCAUGUCAAAAGUAGAAACGUAGUAUCACUGAAGCCUUCUCUACUUGAAAAGAACAGAGAAAAGCGAAAGGAACUUGAGCGCUUCAAGAGAAGUCAUCAACUUCUAAGGCCAGGGAUGGUUCUCUUAAAGAGUUAUAUUAGUCCAAAUGAUCAGGUCAAGAUUAUAAAGAUAUGUCGACAACUUGGUCUGGGCCCUGGAGGAUUCUAUCAACCAGGCUAUCGAGAUGGUGCAAAACUGCAUAUACAAAUGAUGUGUCUUGGUAAGAACUGGGACCCAGAGACAAGAUUGUAUGGCAAUCAAAGGGCAACAGAUGGCGCAGAGCCUCCGUCAAUUCCUGACGAACUCAAAGAUUUGGUUAAAAGAGCAAUGCAGGACACCCAUGCCUUUUUAAAACAAGAGAUAAAAACAAGCAAUGUGGAAGAAGCACUUCCUGCAAUGUCCCCUGAUAUAUGCAUUGUCAAUUUCUACUCAACUAGUGGGAGACUUGGCCUUCAUCAGGAUCGAGAUGAGAGCACUGAGAGUCUUGAUAAAGGUUUUCCUGUUGUCUCCUUUUCAAUUGGUGACUCAGCAGAUUUUUUGUAUGGAGAUAACAGAGACACUGAUAAGGCCGAGAAACUGAUUUUGCAAUCUGGUGAUGUUCUGAUAUUUGGUGGCAAAUCUAGGCUUAUAUAUCAUGGGGUACCAACCAUUAUACCAAACUCAGCCCCAAAGUAUCUGGUUGAUGAUGCAAACCUUCGUCCAGGACGUCUAAAUCUUACUUUCAGGAAGUAUUGAACAUAAUUUUUACCACCAUUGCCAUCAAUAGGUAGUUCCAAACUGCUUCUUAACUCUUUACAAAGCAACUGCAAGCGCGUGAGAGGAGUUGGUAGUUAAUCUUUGUUCCAUGUUUUGUAAGGCAUUAUUGAGUGGACAGCAAACAUUUUGUGGCUAUUAGGUUUGUAUAUAUUUCUAGGAAGUAUACUAUGGCUGCUCAUGUUAAACUCAGGAAGCUAAAGGUUUUGUUCAGGACUCUUACGGGUGGUA